AUGCUCCCGAGAUGGGAAUUUCUGCUCACAGGAGGCUACCGGACAGUUGACAGUACUACCCGCUGUGCCCGGACGAUCCGAUACAUUGGAAAGUCUCCGUACACCUACUCGUUCCGAUGCCUCCACGCAGAUUUUCUAAGUAUUUCAAGAUAUGAUAGACGUAAGUUUCAGUGCACCUUAGGCUGUGGAUAUUGAAAAGGUUCUUCUUCUUCUUCAAAUAACAAAAUUUCAGCCGGAUUCUGCUUUUGGCUCAUCUGGUGCAUUCGCGCCAUGUGGCCUCCGAGUCCUCUCUUACUUGUUGCCAAAUGGCCACACCCCGUGCAUCUCCAAGCUGACGUCCCUUUUUCCAGCGCCUUGCUUGCAGCCAGCUUCUCCUUGAAAGAUUCGACUUCCUCAAUUCCAGCUUUGUGUGCUUGGCGCAAAUGCCUAAUGAUGUUCGACGCCUUCGCCGAUACAUAUAUGCAUCUGGGACACGUGAUCUCGAACAUUCCAUCAAUUUGAACUGAUAAGGAAUUCUAGUUUUUAUAGACCACCCUUUCCCACGCCCAACUUUCCCACGCCCUUCGUUCGCAUGAGUUUUCUCGUUCCAUUUUUGCACGACCCACUCAUUACCGUUAUUUCUUUUUUCUGGAAUUUUCUCUCCAUUCCAGGCAAUCUCCAUCGGAAGCAUCUGAAAGCAGUCACACCUGUUCUUGUGAGUGAAACUCUAGUGUUGUUCCGUAUCGAUUUCCCAAACCGUUUGUUCAAAAAGAAUGUCUUUCAGGCUGUCAUUCUGCUCCCACACGAUUGCCACGCGGAUCAACGAGCGGAGGAUCAGAAGUUCGACACUUCGGCUGUUUUCUUCAAAUUUAUCAAAUUCUUUCCCACAAAACGCACUCCUUGUUUAAAAAUAAUUCAUUUUCAUGCAAAAACCAAUUAUUGUUAGAGUUUCUGGUGCGAUCCUCCCAAUUCCCUAAUGCUCUCCCAUCAUUACUUAGUUGUCUGAAAUAAAUGCAACAAAUUAAUGAUUUUUUACUAGUUUUGUUCAUUUCAUUUUCAUUCGGCUCAUACUUCGAAAUAUUAAGUUGAUUGGCUGCCGCAGACUUGCGUAAAAUAGUCUUCUUCGAAAGGACUGUGCAAGUGCGCUCCAUUGCAAAGAGCCGGAAUGUCGGUGCGUUUCCGCUGCUGUGCGAUUUCCAGACGUUUCCAGACAGCAAAACAUGUUCCCAUCACAUAAACAUAAAAUGUAAGUGCCCGAAAAUGGUCUGAUCUUGAAACUUUCAAAAAGAAUCCAAAGAAACCCGUUUGUAAAAAUGGUUUUUCGAAAAUCGUCCGACACUUUUGAUUUUUAGUCGAUUUACAGCGUAUAA